AUGGCUGCCGUGCCGGCAACACAGCUGCUCUCGCCUCGUUGUGGCGGCACGGUGGACUUCAUCACCGCACUACCGCCCGAGUUGUCCCUGCACGUCCUCCUGUUCGUGCCUCUCUCGGCGGUCGGCUGCACCCUGUCGCUCGUGAGCCGGGCCUGGAAACGGUGCACCGCAAACCGUUCGCAGAUGACGACGCCCUGUGGCGGGCAGCGGUGGCAGCUUCAGCUUUGA